GCUAUAUCUCAUACAAACUAAAAUUAUAUUUUUCUCUCAUUACUAAUCAAAGCCAAGCGAUCGAGAGGAAUUCUACUGAUCGAUCAGUAAUGGAGCUGUUCUACCCCUCCCUGCUUGGCUUCUUCAUCGUGAUUGUGUCUCUGGUGAUGCACCUGCUCUUCUUCUCCUCCAAGCAGAAGGCCGCCGGGAAGCUGCCGCCCGGCAGGACGGGGCUUCCGGUGAUUGGAGAGAGCCUGGAGUUUCUGUCCACCGGCUGGAAGGGCCACCCGGAGAAGUUCAUAUUCGACAGGAUUGCAAAGUACUCGUCCAACGUGUUCAAGACCAACCUUCUGGGCUCGCCGGCGGUGGUGUUCUGCGGCUCCGCCGGGAACAAGUUCUUGUUCUCAAACGAGAACAAGCUGGUCCAGGCAUGGUGGCCAAGCUCCGUCGACAAGGUGUUCCCUUCUUCUACCCAGACUUCUUCCAAGGAAGAGGCCAUUAUCCUGAGGAAGAUGCUGCCCAAUUUCCUCAAAGCCGAGGCCUUGCACCGUUACAUCGGCAUCAUGGACGGCAUUGCGCAGCGGCACUUCGCAGCGGACUGGGACAACAAGGAGCAGGUGGUGGUUUUCCCGCUCACCAAACGCUACACUUUCUGGCUGGCCUGCCGGCUGUUCGUGAGCGUGGAAGAUCCCAACCACGUGGCCAAAUUCGCCGAUCCUUUCGGCGUGCUGGCGGCGGGGCUGCUCUCGGUGCCGAUCGACCUGCCGGGGACGCCGUUUUACAGGGCCAUCAAGGCCUCCAACUUCAUCAGGACAGAGCUCAUCUCCAUCAUCAAGCAACGGAAGCUGGACUUGGCCGAGGGCAAGGCCUCUCCCACCCAAGACAUACUGUCACACAUGCUUCUCACCAGCGACGAAAAUGGCAAGUUCAUGCAAGAGUAUGAUGUGGCCGACAAGAUCUUGGGCUUGCUCAUCGGCGGCCAUGACACCGCUAGCUCCGCCUGCGCUUCCAUCGUCAAGUAUCUCGCCCAGCUCCCCGACGUCUACCAACGGGUCUACCAAGAACAAGUGGAAAUCGCAAAAUCAAAAGCUCCCGGAGAGUUGCUGAAUUGGGAGGAUAUUCAGAAGAUGAAGUAUUCAUGGUGCGUGGCUUGUGAAGUCAUGAGACUUGCUCCCCCUCUCCAAGGCGCUUUCAGAGAAGCACUCACUGACUUCAUGUACAACGGUUUCUCCAUUCCAAAGGGUUGGAAGAUCUAUUGGAGUGCAAAUUCAACCCACAAAAACCCCGAAUUCUUCCCCGACCCACAAAAGUUUGAUCCUUCAAGGUUCGAGGGGUCUGGACCAGCGCCCUACACCUUCGUGCCAUUCGGUGGAGGACCCAGAAUGUGCCCUGGAAAAGAAUACGCUCGGCUGGAAAUCCUCGUGUUCAUGUACCAUCUAGUGAGGAGGUUCAAGUGGGAGAUGGUAUUUCCAGAUGAGAAAAUUGUUGUGGAUCCGAUGCCGAACCCUGAAAAAGGGCUUCCAAUCCGCCUCUUCCCUCACAAAGCUUAAACAAUUUCCAACCCAAAGCACAGUUUCUACCACAGUUAGUAUUCCGAUAUUACAGCAUUGUUGGCCAUCUUGGCAAAAGCUAAUAACAAACGUGCAAAAGUGGUGACUAAGUUGUAACAAUUGGUAUUAAGAAGAAAAUGAUGACCAAGCCUGGGACGUCUGCAUAUAUCUAAAGAAUAUAUAUAUAUAAACACACUUUAGUGUUUGUUUGGGUA